AUGUCUUCCUCGGUGUUUAAAGCGACUGUAUCAGUAUACGCACUUUCAUGUGGGCAUCUAACACUCCCUGAGUAUCAGUUCGUUCACCCGGUUUCGCAUACCGCGCGCAAGACCGUCCCUUCACUUGCCUUUCUCAUCCAGCAUCGAAACAUUGACAAUGGAAAAGUAACGAAUAUUGUAUUCGACCUUGGUCUAAGACGAGACAUCAAGCGAUAUGCAGAGCCUAUACAGAAACAUGUGGCUACAAGACAGCCCAUGAGCACCGACCCUGAUGUUGUGAAAAGCUUGGCCAAGGGUGGAUUAACACCUGAGGACAUUGAAUAUGUUAUAUUCUCUCAUGUGCACUGGGAUCACGUAGGGGAACCACGCGACUUCCCUACGUCCACAUUCAUCAUCGGCCAUGGCGCUAUGGCACUAUUGAACGGCACAUCCUCGUCUCUCCGCGGCGGGCACUCAUUCUUCGAACACGAUCUGCUUCCCGAGAGCCGUACUAUUGAACUCUCUGACCCCAUCGCAAACAUUCCACAGACUUCAUCAAUCUUUGAACAGAGGGCCGGAAGCCUUAACCUUAAACAGGUAUGGCAACCUCACGACUAUCUUCCUCAAACGCUCGAUCUAUUCAACGACGGCUCCGUGAUCAUCGUCAAUGCUCCGGGCCACUUAGCUGGCCAUAUCAACAUUCUCGCCCGAAUAUCAGAUAGCCGUCAAGUCUACCUUGGGGGAGACACAUGCCACGACCGUCGCAUUCUGACGGGCGAGAAAGAAAUUGGAGAAUGGAACGAUGCGGAGGGUCACAUCUGCUGCAUUCAUGCAGACCGAAAGACCGCUGAAGGAACGAUUUCACAGAUUCGGGACCUAGAGAAGAGUGGAGUUGAGAUAAUCUUCGCACACGACGUUGAAUGGGAGAACAACCCAGCGAAUGCAAGCCGAUUCUUCGGCGCCGAGGCACCACAGGGCCGCAUUGUCACAAUGACACUCCCAGCCUCUCAGAAGUCCCUCAGAGCGCGCUUCGACACCGAGCUCGGUGCCACAAACUUCGAUAACUCCUGGUCCCGCCUCCUCACCCACUCCCCUUCCAUGUUCGCAGCCACCAUCUCCCUAACCUCCGUCCCCAAGAAAAAAUCCCACCUAUCACCUAAAAUCCAAGCCCUGAUCUCCCUCUCCGUUUCCGCUGCCUCAACACACCUGCACGUCCCCAACAUCCACCGCUACACAAAAGCUGCUCUACAGGCCGGCGCAACGGAAGCUGAAAUCGUCGAAGUCCUCUGCUUAACCAGCACGCUCGGUAUCCAUGCCUGCAACAUUGGCGUUCCGAUACUCUUCGAGGUGUUAAGGGAGGAGGGCAGAGAGAUGCCGAAAGGUAUGGAGGGUAUGAGCGAGAAGCAGUGGAAGCUGAAGGAGGAGUUUGAGAGGAAGAGGGGGUAUUGGCAUGCAUUUUGGGAGGACUUUUUGAGAUUAAGUCCGGAGUUUUUUGAGGCGUAUACCGAGUUUAGUGGGGUGCCGUGGGAUGAGGGGGAAGGGGGGAAGGGAGUGCUGGAACCAAAGGUUAAGGAGUUAAUAUACUGCGCCUUCGACGCUGCUGCCACGCAUCUAUACAAACCAGGACUCAAACUCCACAUGAAGAAUGUGCUUGGAUACGGAGGCACACCGGAGGAGAUUAUGGAGGUCCUGGAACUGGCGACUUUGUUGAGUACUGCCACCAUGGAUGUAGGUUUGGAGGUUUUGGAACAAGAACUGGAGGCUAAGGGAAAGGAUUAG